CACAAAAUUCGCAUUUCAAAGCAGUCGCCAUGUCUCUGUGUUUCGAUCAAGCAUACACAGCACUCCGAAACGGUCGCAUCUCCUACGAGCAGUAUCUUCAUGAAGUACUCGCAAACUUCGCAGAUACCAGACAUGCUAGUCAUGCCCUUCUCAAGCGAUCAUGGGAAUUCAGCAUCAACGAUCCAGUCGGCAACUCCAUCCGUGAGGCAGUCUUGAGUACACCAACGGUCUCACAUCAAGACCUGCAAACCCACCUCCUCCCACUCUACCUCUCAGUCCUGCACUCUUCCCUCCCUUCCCUCCGCCAUCACCUCUCUCAUCCAAUGGCUCAACACAAACCAAUUCUUCGAUCUCUCCUCACCCUCGCCGCCUCGGUCUCCUCCGCUCAGAUCCUACACUACCUCCUCUCUGCCCACCCUACGCUCUCCCUCCAAGAGACCAAUACCUCUCUGGCCCUCUCAUACACCCGGCGCACUGCACCGAUGCUAGACGUCCUAUACAACCAUGAUUGGCGGAGUAUACGGAACUCUGCCACAGAGUUCCAGCGAGCGACGGAAUGGGCUUUGCAUACCCACGCGGAAGAGUUGGACUGGUUCCUGGCUCAUGGUGGGAUUGUG